AUGUGUAAUUCAUCGCUACCAAUCAGCCAAUUUUUAAUUUUUGUUAGGUUAUGAGUUAAGUCGUCCAUUCGAUUUCUAGUCCUUUUAUGUUGACGGGGUACGUUCGUUUUACAUUUUACGUUUAUCUUUAAAGUUUUCAUCCUUAAAUCGACGUCAAAAUGACUCGCAAGCGCCGUAAUGGAGGAAGAUCAAAACACGGCCGUGGUCACGUUAAGCCUGUGCGUUGCACCAAUUGCGCACGCUGCGUACCCAAAGACAAGGCUAUCAAGAAAUUUGUUAUUCGUAAUAUUGUUGAAGCUGCCGCUGUCCGUGAUAUAACUGAUGCUAGUGUAUAUACAUCAUACCAAUUGCCGAAAUUAUAUGCUAAAUUGCACUACUGUGUUUCUUGCGCCAUCCAUUCCAAAGUGGUCAGGAACAGAUCAAAGGCUGACCGUCGCAUCAGGACACCACCAAGCCGUAACUUCCCACGUGGGGAUAACAAUCGUCAAGGAGGACAACCUCAAAGGAAAACGUAAUUCUCAUUGUAUUAUGGGGAUACAAAAUUAUAUUAUACCUUCAUUUAAGAUAUAAAAAUACAUUUUGAUUCUGACGAAAAUAAAAAAUUGUAUUUAUGUUAUCCUAACCUUCCUUUAAUGCUAUGUGAUGGGUACCACAAAUAUUUUAAUUAUUUUUUUGGUAAGUUUAUAUGUUCGUGAUAUUUAUAAAUCAUUUCAUUCUUAUUGCCUGAUUUAAUAUGAUUCUGUAACCAACUCAUCAAAUUUACUAGACAAGAGUAUAUCUCUUAAGCUUUUUCUUAUAUUUUUAAUUUUAAUGCAAGAACUAAUAUGUUAUGAUUUUAAAUCCACUUAAUUUAUUUUUAAAUUUAAAAAUCAAUAAUAAUUAUAGUCUGUCCAGCAAGACAAUGCGAUGAUUCUGAUCAAUCCCCUGCAUUACUAUGUUAUCAAAACUGGUUUGCUUAUGCCUGGGAAUAUGCAAAAGAACUGAUUUGCGUCGGUUUGCGGCGCAUUCUCUCACUGGACAGAGUAUAGAUUUUAAAUAAAGUUGUUUGACAGGCCAAUACCCUUAAAUUGAAGCUGACAGUAAAAUUAAUUACUAAAUGUAUACUUAUACAACAGAUAUAUCACAUAAAUGAGUAAAAUACGUUCUUAAUUUAUGUAUAUAAUAAUUUCUUUAUGACAACUAAUAUGAUUUAUAAUGAUGGACUAGUAAUAUAAAUAAUCCAAUAAAA